GGGGAGGGUAGGUGCACUAGUGGCCAACUCCAUUUUGGUUCUUGGUUUCAGUCCAAGACACACCCUCCUGGCCCCCAGGAGUAACAUCCCUGUCUGCCCAGUCCUCUGAAGAAGUAUCACCAAAGGCCCCUGUGAUGUUACAGUGGCUGUGGUGGUAGCAGUGUCUGCUGGUUCCUGGGAAAUGGACAAUGGGGUGUGGCCCAAGCUGACUGCAAAAUUUUGGUCCCUGGGGGGCAUUGGUAGGGGUAUGUGGGCAGAAAUUGAGCACCAAAUUAAUCUCAGUUCAGCCUCCACUUAGUUUUCCCAACCCCUCCUCAGCCACAGGAUGGAGGGGUAGGAUUUGUGAUGUCACCAAGAGCUUCUGUGAUGUCAAAGCAGCAGAGGCAUGGGCUGGAGCUGCCUGUUAGGGAGGGGCUGCCUCAGGCCCCCUGAAGUUUCUCAGAACCUCAUCCUGGCUCCACCUGGGCUUGGCCUGGCCUUGGUUGCUCCGGUGCAGUGAGGGCAGAUGAAGUACUGGGUGUGGGGCUGUGCACCUACUCCAAAGCGCCUCCCUAAUCAAAACCUGCCAACUUGGGCGGGCCACCUUGGGCCGGGAGGGACGGAGUGGGCACAGAGGGGUGAGGUAGCAGCUAAAAUAAGAAUAGAAAUAGUAAUAAUGGCAAGCAUAUAGUGCUCCUAUGUCUCUGCCAUUGUUCUAGGCAUUUACCGUGUAUUACUUUAUUUAGUUCUCACAAUACUCUGCGAGGUAGGUGCUUUUAUUCCCAUUUUACAGAUGAGCAAGCAGGCCCAGAGAAGUUAAGCGACUUGCGCACAUCACGCAGCUAGUAGGUGGUGAAGUCGAGAUUUGAAUUCAGACAGCCAAGAUCCAGAAAUUGUGCUGCUCCCGGCAACUGCUACGCUUCAAGAGUUAAAGUCUGCGAAAGUGCUUGUGUAAAGGGCCCCAGCAUGAAUUCUAAGUGAGCAUUGGUUGAGGGCUGUGAACCUGCCUGCAAGGAUUCCCAGAGGGAUGUGGGCAGCUGGUGGCCCCUCCCCCACCCCUUAUCGGAGCCCCCAGACCUGCGGUCUCCCCCCUCCACCCCCCUCUGAUUUCCCUCCGGUCUCCUUCGCUGAUUCACUGGCCUCCUCUUCCCACCACAUCGCAGCCAUGGCCUUGGUUCUGCAGCUGCUGCCGCUGCUGCUGUGGAGGGCCCAGGGGAACCCCGGGGCUUCACUGGACGGCCACCCCGGGGACCGGGUGAAUCUCUCCUGCGUAGGGGUCUCGCAACCCACCCGCUGGGUCUGGGCACCUAGAUUCCCGGCCUGCAAAGGCCUGUCCAAAGGACGCCGCGCGAUCUUGUUGGCCUCACCGAGCGGGACCCCCACCGUGUCUCCCGUCCAGCCCUUUGCUGGCCGCCUACGUGCCCUGGACCUUGAUAUCCGGCGGCUGGAGCUGCUCCUGAGCGCGGGGGACUCGGGCACCUUUAUCUGCAAGGGCCGCCAAGAGAACGAGAGCCGUACGGAGCUUCACGUGCUGGGGGACCGGGCCUACUGCAGAGCUCCGGGGCCUGCCCACGGGCCCGUGUAUCCCCAGAUUCUAAUCCCGCUGCUGGGCGCUGGGCUGGUGCUGGGACUCGGAGUAUUGGGCUGGGCCUGCUGGCUGCGCAGGCGCUCGCCCCUUCACCCGCCUCGACCACCCCCCAGAUUUGUUCCACUCGUGAAAGCGGAGCCCCAGAGGCCAGGAGAGGAGGAAGAGCCCAAGAUUGCAGGGGACCUGGACCAGGAGCCGAGCCUGCUCUACGCAGACCUGGAUCAUAUGGCCCUCAGAAGAUCCUGCCGACUGUCCCCAAUGGUCCCUGCUGAUUCCUCCACCACCUAUGCGGUUGUAGUUCGAAAGGAAGCCCUUACUACCUCACAAGCUGGGGGCUCCCAGCUCUCCAUAACACCCCUCCCCUUCUUGGCCCUUCACCUGGAAAAGGAAGGCACCAUGGGAUAGAAAUGAGCACUAGACUGGGAGUCAGGAGACGGAGGAUCCAGGCUAUCUCUGCUGCUGAUCUUGGUCCUUCCUUACCCCCAUCUCUCACACAGCUUUCAGGUCUCCUUCACCACUGAUGUCCUUUCUAAACCUGAUCAAGCCCUGUCUCCUUAUCUUAAGACAUCAACAACUCCUAGAUUUUUGCCCUAUCUCUUCCCUUCUCUCCACAGUCAAGCUCUUUGAACCAAGGGCCUACACCUUUCUCUUCCAUUUUUUUCUUCACUCCACUCCCACUGCUCACGUGCUCUCCAUGAGAUUGCCAGUGAUGUCCUAAUAACCACACCCACUAGACAUUUAUUAGCAUUCAUCUGGCUUGGCCUUUGAUUGCUCUUAUUUAAGCUCUGUUUUUCUUUAAUGCUGUUGUCUUCCUUCUGGACUCCUCCUCCUUGCUCCCUACCCCUACAGUAUUCUCCACCAUUCCAGGUUUGUCUUUUUCUUUAUCUGCCUUCUCCCUCUCCUGGGAUGCUGUCAUCCACAGCCAGUCCUCAGCCUUUUUCUCUGCAAGCAACAUCCAGAACUCUCUCCAGUUCAGAUCUCUGAUAUGAGAUUUCCAAACUGUCCCUCAGACAUCCCUGCCUGGCUGGCCCUAGGCAUUCUGCACACAGCAGGUCCAAAACCCAACUCACUGUCAUCUCCCAAGCCACUUACUUAAUCCUUCCUCCUCUGCAUUCUCUCUUGAUCAAAUCCAUUGCCCAAGCCAGAAAUGGAGAGUCAUGUAGACCUCCUUCCUCUCACUCCCACGUGAUAAACCAAGUCCUGUCUUUCAAUUUUAAUGUCACUGUCAAGUCCACACCCUUUUCACACUAGCACUGCCACCUGAAUGUACUCUUUAUUUCCUCCCUGGAUUACCCAUAGCCCCACCUCAUCCUCCUGCCCUUGUUCUCCUCCCUGAAGCUAGAGAUAUUCUCCCCAAAUGCUAACCUGCUCCUGACAGCCUAUAUUUCAGCAGUAUUUCAGCUCUGGGCCCAUGGGCCUCAGCUUUGGGUUCAAGGUGCUACAGUACUCUACUUACUCUCCAGGCUUAUCUCUGUCACUCAGUGCCUAGAACAGGACAGCCUUAGAGGAAUUCUCCCAGCCCCCAGAUGUGCCUUUGCCCCGUGCAAUUUCUUCUUCCUGGAUUAACCUUUGCCUCCUCCCCACUAUCUGCCUGGCUAAUUCUUAUUUAUCCUUAGGACUCUGUUCAAGUGUAGCCUUUUCUGGGAAGCUAUUUCUGACCCACUUUGCCCACCCCUGCAUACACUCUGAUGCCCUAGGGAGCCCCCUUAUUUUUCUCAUAGCAACAGCCUCCUGUGAAUUGUUCCAUUACAACCUGUAUUUCAAUUUAUAAGAAAUUUUCAUGUACUGUGAGUCCCCUGAUAUCAGGAGACUGACCCUUUUUAUAUCACCGCUAAGCCUCAGUAAAUGAGUGAAAAUGAAUAUCCCUGGAAAUGUCAUUUCCUCCUAUCAACUAGGGAUGGGCUGUUGAUCUCCCAGUCUCUGAAUCAUCUGACAUUUAGAUAAAUUCAGUGAGUGAUUCACCCAUAUUUUUUCUCUGCCCUGUACAUGCUCCCCAUUAUAGAAAUUCUGUCCUGUCCAUCUUGUGCCCAAGCAGCUAUGACAGGGCUGGACAAUAAGUCAGUGAGCGCUGAAUGAGGGUUUGAUGAAUGAAGGAGGCCUCCUUCCCAGCACUGACCCCAACCUCAGGUUUCAGCCCUGCCCUUGACCCUCUGCCCCAGUAAGACACCAGUCGCAGCCCAGUCGCAGCCCAGUCUAAAAGGUCAGUUCUAUUUUAUUAGUUCUUGGGGAGAGGACUCACCCAGUGACCUCUAUCCUUUUUCUCACUCUAUGCCCUCCCCCUACCUUGGGGCCAUCUCCCCACUACUACUAUUCACUGUCCUCUAUCUAACCUUCCUUCCCCUUCUACUCCUAUGCCACCCUGCCCCUGGUCAGCCAGGACCCCAAGGCCAGGCUUUCAGCUGUGGGGGCGUGUGCUGAGCACCAGGCAGAGGGAGCUGAGCCCAGCGCCUGCCUUCUCCAGUUCCGAGCAGGACACAGGUACCAGGGUGACGUCUGAGAGCUUCUGCAGUGCCUGCAGGGAGGACAGUGUGUGGGGAGAAGGGAGUAAGACCCCAAGGCCCACAGCCAGGACCCCAUUUCAGCCAGCUAGAGUGGCCCCACCCAGGCUUCUAGAAAAGGUACCCCUUCUUCCUCCCACUAGGGAGGCCUGAGCCCCAUUUCUCUGGUUGGUGGUGGUGGUGGAGCUCCUGCCUUCUCUCACCUCCUGGCUGUUGGGCAGGUCCCCGCCUCCACGGUGCAGGAGGAAAGGGGGCAUACCAGGCAGCCCAGGACGCAGAAAGAGACAGUCAGCUGCUGCAUCAUCUGGGAGGGUCAGGGAGGCAUAGGGGUGAUCCGUCAACACUGCCAUUGCCUGGGGGAGAGGAGAGAGGAAGCAUGCAAGGCUCAGAGCCUCUCCACAACUGAGUCCGGCUGCCCUACCACCGCUAAGCGCUGGGGACAGAGUUACAUUAUUGUGGAAUAAUAAUGACAGCAAUCACAUAGAACUUAGUAUGUGUCAGGCAUUAAG